AACAAAGUAACAAACAAAAACAUUACACAAAAUUUCAGGCGUUAGUUUUGAAGUUGCUUCAUUUGUUCCUGUUUCCUAUUAUCCCUUAGUCUACUCAUAUUUUGUGCUUACUGCUUUCUACCUCUGCCAAUUGGUUUCUGCCAUUGAAAUUUGUAGGAAUACAUGUUACUGGGGUUUCAAAUAACUAUGGAGAUUAAAUGAAUGGCCCUAGAGAUGUCUAUGAGAUAACAUAUGCAUGUUUUCUAAUUUUCUUAACUUAAGGAGAUUUUAGAGCUGAGAAUACUACUACUUUCUAUGGCGGUGCAAGUUGGUUUAGAACGCAGCAAUGUUUUGUCUAUUUCCGCAGCCUCAUGUCCAUGUUUGCGGUCUCCUCCUUUCUUCAAAGCCCUCAAACUUCCAUUUGCAUCAACCAAAUUGAGCAUUAGAUUGAUUAGGAUGGGUUCGGAUAACAUUUUCGGGAUUCCAGUGCGGAUAUUGCCAAGACAUCGGACAGUUAUGUGUGUGGCAAGUGCUGAAUCGGAUCGAAUGGAUGAAAGUGGGGCCAAAGAGGAAGUCAUCGAAGGCUACAAUCUUUUGGAAAAAGAGGAAUUAAAUUUGGACGAACAACAUAAAGCUAGUCAGUUGAAGAGCAGGGUUAUAUCUGGACUUGUGAUUGGCAUUUCAAUGGGUGGCAUAAUACUCGCAGGAGGAUGGGUUUUUACCAUUGGUGUUGCUGCUGCAGUUUUUAUAGCCGCAAGAGAGUAUUUUGGAUUGGUAAGAAGUGAUGGAAUUGCCGUGGGAAUGACACCACCACCUCGAUAUGUGUCAAGAGUUUGUUCUGUUAUUUGUGCUCUUAUGCCUCUUUGGACCUUGUAUGCUGGUCACAUUGAUAUCUCGGUGACAUCUGCAGCUUUCGUUGUUGCAAUUGCUUUGCUUUUACAAAGAGGAAAUCCUCGCUUUGCUCAACUCAGCAGUGCCGUGUUUGGGUUGUUUUAUUGUGGUUAUCUGCCUUGUUUCUGGGUCAAGCUUCGAUGUGGUUUAUCGCUUCCAGCCCUAAAUACAAAAAUCGGACAUUUGUGGCCUGUUCUUCUUGGUGGCCCAACACAUUGGACUGUUGGACUUGUCGCGACUUUAUUAGCGGUCAGCAGCAUUAUUGCCGCCGAUACAUAUGCUUUUCUUGGAGGCAAGGCAUUCGGUCGCACACCACUUAUUAAUGUUAGCCCGAAAAAAACGUGGGAAGGAGCUAUGGCGGGGCUGGCUGGCUGCGUAGCUACUUCUGUCUUAUUAUCAAAGAUACUUUGCUGGCCAAAAUCUUUACCGAGUGCGGUCGCCCUAGGAUUCCUGAACUUUUUUGGGUCUCUAUUCGGUGAUUUGACUGAGUCAAUGAUAAAGCGUGAUGCUGGUGUUAAGGAUUCUGGUUCUCUCAUCCCCGGGCAUGGCGGAGUACUAGACAGAGUCGACAGUUACAUCUUUACCGGCGCACUUGCCUACUCCUUUGUGAAAACUUUCGUGCCGCUCUUCGGUGUUUGAUCAGAGUUCAACUUCCUUGUUGCAAUCAGUGAAAAUCCGAAAACGUCUGAUGAAGAAGUUGAGGUGCAGUCGAGCUCAAGAAGGCGGAGCUUACCGAGAAGCAUUUAGAAAUUGUCAACUUUGCUAAGUAGAUUAUUCCCUUAUAGUUUUGAUUGUACAGAUUCUUUUCAAUCUUUAGAUAAUGGUUCUUAUCAGUCAAAUGAGCAAUAAACAACAUAAAUUUUCACUUUAUAUUUGUAUUUUCAUUUUGUAUCUUGAACUUAUUCAUUAAUGGUAAGAUUUUAAAGCAAUAGUAUUUUUUUUAAU